AUUUCUUUCUUGUCUUUUCUUUGUCUAGGUCACGCUGCUUGCCCAUUUCUGCCAAGGUCUUUCUCUCUACAUUUUACAACCAUUUUCUGCUUUCAUGGCCACUUCUCCCAUCAGUGCAUCAGGGACAGAACUUGUGUCAUGAAGCAUGACUCACAUCGAGAUAUUUACGACUAAAACUUGGCUACUGCAGGCAACCCUGUGUAUGGGUCUCGACUAAAGGGAAUAAAUAACUGGUACUUGUUGGGUUUUUGGCAUUCUCUGAGGAUGAACUGUUAAAUACACUGAAGAGACCAAAUGGGUCACAAAAAGCCACCUGGACAUCAUUCAAAGAAACACCAUGGUGAGGAGAAAGGCGAAGAUUCAAAGAAACACCAUGGUGAGGAGAAAGGAGAAGAUUCAAAGAAACACCAUGGUGAGGAGAAAGGAGAAGGCUCAAAGAAAGAAGCUCAUGAAAAGAAAAAACAUGAACGACAUGAAGAAGGCCCAAAGAAACCUCAUGAAGCAAAGAAACAUCGACCACCACCAAUUCCUGGUGAAGAAGAGAUAGUGAAAGAAAAGAAAAAAGAAAAAUCACACAAAGCUCAUGCCCCCGAUGAUGAAGAAAAACCAAAAUCAGAAAAACCACACAAAAACAGAUGGGGAGGAACCAGACUGUGAGAACACCAGCGAGUG